AUGGCCAUGGAACAACAAUUCUUCCCAACGAGUGUCGACUUCUUGGCGUCCCCAGACCCAGAAGCUCGAGGAAGAAAACGACGGAGAGACCCAAUCCACGUAACCUUCAGCAGGCCUCAGCACAACCCAUCUACGGGGUCUACACUCCGAGGACGGUGCCGACACCGAUCUCCUUCAAGGCUAGCUGUCGCGUCCCGCACAAACUCUCGUGGCGUGAGAGACGUCUCGCCAUCCACGUCUAAGCGGCGGCUUGUCGCCGUGAUUACACUAUUGCCUGAGAACCACAGACGGAGCAAGAGCCCAUCCAGAUCGCGGCCGGGUGGGGAGCUCUCUGCCAAGCGGAGGCGACAGAGGACUCAGAGCCGGAGCAGGCCGUACGAUGAGAAAGAAACGUUCUCUCCGAUGACGCAGCCACCUGGCACAACCAUUGGGUCGGGCUUCCUCUUUGCCCAGGAAAAUGAAAAAGAUGAUAUUUCCGGUGCAUUAUGA